AUGGAUAUUGACGUGGACGAAGACAGUCAGAUGAUGUUUGCCGAACACUCCGAAAAUGCUGCUGACAAUGGUCGUAGUGGAAUUUCACGACAGUGUGCUGUAUGCGGUGAUUCUCCAGCCAAAGUUCAUUACGGUGUAUUGGCAUGUUUUGGAUGCAAAGGCUUCUUUAGACGUGCUGUAAAAGAUGGUCAAAACAAAUACGUUUGUCGUUAUGACAAGAAGUGUAAAGUUGAUAAAUCAGUAAGACCGGAUCGUGAUCAAACUGGCAAGCAGCGUAUUGCUCGAUUAACAAAAGUUCAAAAAAAGAUCAUUUCGCCAAACAUGACACUGCGAAACGAAGUAAGACGGAGCAUCAAAGAAGAUGUUUCAGGAGAUGACUGGACUAGAAACUUAAACUUAGACCUUAGGAAAGUUCUAGUCGAUCUAAUAAAUUUGGAUGUGAGUAUACAGAAGUCAACUAGUACCAUCACCACAGAUGUUCCAACCACCAGUUCUUUACGCCGUCUACUUGUCCAACGCACCUCUCAAGCCAAUAAGACGUUAUCUCCAACUACUUCACAACAAGCUGUACUGGCUGUAUCUGACCUGUCCGUCACGUCAUUUUGGAGAUUAACGCAAAUUAUCAAUUGGAUAUCCGGUUUGUGCAACAUUGCAGAAGCUGAAAGUGAAGAAAAAGUGUUCACCAUUGACGAUCAACUUGCCUUGCUGAAACACUGCUUCUCUUCUUACACGAUUUUUACGUUAGCAGCGAAGAAUGCUACCUCAUCGACAAACUCGGACAUUUUCUGUUUGUACGGCUGCAAUGACAAGUCCGACAAAACAGGAAAGAACGAUUUAGUAACGCGAACGUUAACUGAAUUUGUGGCACCUCUACGUCGUCUAACACCAUCGGAUGCCGAGCUCGUAGUGCUAAAAGCUAUCAUUACAAUGAAUCCAGCUGAUGCAGUACAGCAAAAUUUACGCAUUCAGAAUGCAAAACCGACAACUCCAGAAGAAGUUAGUUCGUACAAAAAUGUGUUGUAUGAACUAUUUUGCCCGCUCGAUGAAGAAAUUAGCAACAACCUGCAAGAUUACUCAGAGCUCUCUGACCGGUCUGACUACGAAGUUGAUCAAAUGAGUAGACUGCCAAACAUUAUCCACACACGUACAUCUCCUACUACAGCAGAUUCACAGCUGCCAGCACCAUGCCCUUCAGCAUUCUCAACUCCAUCUCCACUACGUUCAGAAUCUUCAUUUACUGUCAAAGAAGAAACAUCGGCUCUUUUGAAAACUGCAACGGCUUUAGGAGGGAUCUCUACAAAAGAUUUGAUAUCGCAAGCGGUAACAAUUACUGAUCCAACUACGCAGUACGGUCAGUAUUUGACAGCCACUUACGCAAAUACGCUCUCUUCAUCACCAAGCAGCCUCUUCGCUCGUCCGUCAACUUUACCAUUCAUCCGGUCUGUUGAUACGCGGAACAACAUGAGUCGACCAGGAACCGAAGCAACUAAGACAGUGUUGACAGCAGUGCCAAAACUUCCGCUACAGUUUACAAAGUCUAUGGAAGAAAUGCUGAAACCGCCAGGCCAGACAGAAGAAGCUUGGAAUCGACCACUUGGAAACGACUGGGCAAACGGUAUGACAACGCCUAACAAAGAAAUAGUUGCCCAUUUUUUUCCUGAAUGUGCCGAUGCUAUAUGA